GGCUAUUAACAAGGUCUUCUUCUCAAACACACACACACAUACUAUCGUUUAUGGCUUCCCCAUUUUCAAAAACAUGUAGAAAAGAGUCCAUUUUCUUCAACGCCAAUAUUCCAAACCACUCUUCUUCUGCGUUUUGUUCUACUUCUCAAAGAGUUUGUUUCAGACAUGAAAAGCCCAAGAAAUCUUUCGAGAUCGAAAGGAAAACUAGUAGUGAGAUCACUGUGUCGUUUAUGCAGAGUAGUAAAAGUUCCAACAGAGAAAAUGGUUCCAAUAUAAAAUGGGAUCGCUCAGUUUCCAGGAAAAAACAACUUCAUUGGCGAAAGGUUUUGUUUGGAUCCAAGUCCAAGAAGAUCAGGAGUAUAAUAUUGCUCAAUGUUAUCACAAUUGUUUAUGCAAGUGACAUUAUGGUUGUUAAAGGCGCCGAAGCAACCAUGGACCCAGCAGCCUUCUCUGCAGUGCGAUUCAUCGUGUCAGCAAUCCCGUUCUUGCCAUUUGUCUGGCGAGCUCGGCGUGACGAUCAUACCAGAAAUGCAGGGAUAGAGCUGGGGUUCUGGUUGAGUCUAGCAUACUUCAUUGAAGCAAUUGGACUGCUUACAUCUGAAGCUGGUCGUGCUUCAUUCAUAUCUCUGGUCACAGUUAUUGCUGUGCCUUUGCUUGAUGGUAUGCUAGGAUCAUUUAUACCUGCAAGAACAUGGUUUGGAGUUCUUAUGUCUGCAAUUGGAGUCACUGUACUCGAAUGUGGAGGAUCCCCUCCCAAUAUUAUGGUAUUUUUGUUGCAGAUUGGCGAUCUUCUCAACUUUCUGAGUGCAAUUUUCUUUGGGAUUCACAUGCUUCGAACUGAACAUAUCUCUCGAUGCACAAAGAAGGAGAACUUUUUGGCACUCAUUGGUUGUGAGGCUUCUGUUCUUGCUCUGUUGUCUACCAUGUGGGUACUCCUUGGAGGGUGGUUUGAUGGUGAUCAAAAUCGUAACCAGACAAUAUGGACAUGGACAGAGUUAUGGGAAUGGAUUGCUACAUUCCCAUGGAUACCUGCAAUUUAUACUGGUGUAUUUUCUACUGGAAUUUGCUCUAUUAUUGAGUUUUCAGCCAUGCGUGAUGUUUCUGCAACAGAAACGGCCAUAAUAUAUGGUCUCGAGCCAGUUUGGGGUGCUGGUUUUGCUUGGUUUCUUCUCGGUGAAAGGUGGGGUACACUUGGAUGGCUUGGAGCUACUCUAGUCCUUGGUGGAAGCUUAAUAGUUCAGAUGUUCGGUUCUUCACCUGAGAAAUGUAUAGAAGCAAAAGAAAGUAAUCAGAAGAGUGAUCUUCUGCUGGUUCCUCAUGAGCAGAUAAUGAAGAAUAGUCUCUCUGCUUCACCAAUUGCUGUCAGAUCCAGGAAAAAUGUAGAUAUUUUGAAGUGAUUUUGUUUAUGAUGUUUUUUAGUUUGUAUAGUGAAUUAUAUCUCCAUGAAAAAAGAAUAUAUAUUUAUAUAAAUAUAUAUAUAUAUAUCCAAGAGAAUGAAUGUAGCUAGUAGCUACAAAUAUUGUAUAGUAUAGUACCACGCCCUAAAAAUUGUUAGGGGGUGUUUGAUAAAGGGAAAAGUUUACAUAGAUGUGGUGCUUGCUCAUUGUCCAAACUCAUGAAAUUAAAUAAAAGUAAUGCAAUAGAAGGACAUUCAUGAUCCA